CCGCGCUCUGAAGGCCAGCUAUGGCGGCCGUGACGUCCUCUGCUCUCGGUCUCUGGCUCCCGUCGCUGCCCCGAGCCACCUCUGCAGGAGCCCCGGCUUGCGCCAGCCGCUCGAGGCUCAGCAGCAGCAGCGGCAGCACGAGCAUUGUGGGCAAAUGUGCUGCUUCCGGGAGAGGAUUGUGGCGGUGUGCAGAUCGCGGGGCGGAUCGGUGGAUUGCGCUCGGGAGGACGACGUCGGGGCCUGAUUUCGUUGCGAGGGCUGGUCCGGGCGAUGAUGCCUCCGGGAAGACCGAGACGGAGAUCGAGAACGAGAAAUUUGUGGAUGCGGCGGUCUCUGGCCGUGAGGGAACGGCGGCAGCCACCGUCGCUGUGCUGAGCGAGGAUAUGAAUGCCGUGGACAAAGUGGUGGAGCUGGCCCGAGGGACGGAGCAGGAGGCGAGUGUUGUCGGUGGCGCUCAAUCCUGCAUUAGUGCUGAAUUGGCUGCGAUCUAUGCCAAUUGUAGAAAAUGGGAGUGGAGGGGCAAUUCGAUCAAUUAUGUGGUCCAGGGAUCUGGACCUGCUGUUCUUUUGGUUCACGGAUUCGGGGCAUCCAUCGGCCAUUGGCGCAAGAAUAUAGGAGUGCUGGCGAAGUCCAACACCGUGUACGCCAUUGAUCUGCUGGGAUUCGGGGCUUCUGCAAAGCCCCUGAACUUCAAAUACAGCAUGGAGACCUGGGCUGAGAUGCUGACAGAUUUUCUGAAGGAAAUUGUUGGAUCUCCAGCUGUACUUAUCGGCAACUCUAUCGGCAGCUUGGCAUGCUUGAUCACCUCGGCAGAGGCACCUGCCGGAUUGGUGCGAGGGACGGUGGUCAUCAAUUGCGCUGGAGGAAUGAACAACAAAGCAGUCACAGAUGACUGGCGCUUGAAACUACUCCUUCCCAUUUUAUGGCUGAUCGAUUUCAUUCUCAGCAUACCCGCCCUAGCUACUCCCCUUUUCGACCGCAUCAGAUCACCUGACAACAUCAAGUCCGUGCUACAGUCGGUCUACAACAACAAAGACGCAGUGGAUGACGAACUCGUCGAGAUAAUACUCACUCCUGCGGGUGAUCCAGGGGCGUUGAAUGCCUUCAUAACAAUAAACUCUGGUCCACCGGGGCCGAAACCUCAAACAUUGUUACCUAAGAUAAAUCAUCCUAUCUUAGUCGUAUGGGGCGACGAUGACCCCUUCACUCCUCUUGACGGUCCUGUGGGGAAGUUUUUCAAGACACUUGCAGCUUCAUCGCCAAAUGUGGAGUUGAAUGUGCUCCCUAAUGUGGGGCACUGUCCUCAUGAUGACAGACCUGAACUUGUUCAUGAGAAACUUCUACCGUGGUUGGCUUCCUUACCGGCAUGAUAGAACCUCGGGAUGUGAAUAUUGGUGGAAGUUAAACUCUAGAUUUCUCUUUCAUUCGCUGGAAAGUGAACAGUUCUUCAACACAGUUAAUGAUUGCCACAGAAUGUGAUUUUCACAUUUCGUAGUAUCUUUGUCAAACGCCUUCAUCUCGUAGAAAUAGACUACGGUUGACAUCAUUCUGGAGGAAAAAAAUGUACUCUAAGAAACAAUACUUGCUAAAUGUAAUAUUACCUGCUUCUAGUUGCUAGUCCAUUCUUUCAUAAUUUC